AUAAUGAAAGCGGUUCACCGAAGUGAGCUGUAAAUGAGGCGAAAGAAGGAGGUGAGGUUGAGUCUGUCGGCAUGGCAGGUCGAGCCGAACAUCAACCGGCACCGCCUGCUUUAUUACUCCGACGUCAUCAACACUGGACUUUUGAGCCUUGAGGUGCUUCAAACUUGCGUCUGGCAUCCACCCGGGCGGAGUCGAAUCGCUCUUCGACCUCAAUUUUCAGAAUCUCUGUCAAAGGCACGGAGGGCUGAUUUCAACCUCAUUGCCUUAAUCCUGCCCAGACUCUAAGCCAACAUGAGCCCCUCCUAAUCCGCCCGACAGGCGACAACAUGAAAGAGCAGGGAACACGCGAUCAUGGAAAUGGACAGGCUUGCAACCCAGAGGUCGAUGAACAAAUGGGCUGCGAGAGCGAUACCAGUGAUACUGUUCGGUAUCAGCGGGUAUGCCAGCUAUGUCGUGGUUGAAAGGGUGUGCGUCCGGUUCUUCCUGCGCCCGCCGCCUGACCUAGGCCUCGUUUCACAGCCGCCGACGAUGAUAGGCAUUCUGGUUGCCUUCUUCAUCCUCAUGGUCCUUUGGAUAGUGCCCUAUGUUCGGAUCAUCCAGGUCAUAAUCACGGACCCUGGCCUUGUCCCCCGAAAAGAGGCGGUGUCACUUCCCUCCGCCAAUUCAACAAACGAUGCGAAGAACGGCUCUCGAACGGCUUCGCGCAUACAGUCUCAUGAUGUCAACCGAGCGUUAGAAGGCACUGGCCAUCCUUAUGCUCCAGAUGGAGUGCUUGAUCGCCGAGCCAUCCUAGAAGGGGAAGUCCCACCUCCUCCUGGUCUAGAGAAAUUCUACGAAAAGAAUAUAUUUGUUUGCGACUACACAGGGCUUCCUAUUUGGUGCAUCGAAUGCAGGAACUGGAAACCGGACCGAACCCAUCAUUCUAGCGAGCUGGGAAGAUGUGUGCGUCGGAUGGAUCACUAUUGUCCAUGGGUUGGCGGUAUCGUCUCUGAAACCAAUAUGAAGUUCUUCGUGCAGUUUUUGGUAUAUGCAGCAUUAUGUACUGGAUUCAUAAUGAGUCUAUUGGCAUAUGUCGUAUCGGUGCAGAGACGCAGCCUACCGGAAAUAGACCCCCAUGUGAUCGUCGUUUUAGCAAUAGCGUCGUUGUUCUUCUUCUUCACGGCCGGCCUUGGGGGAUCAACAAUCCACCUCGCUCUCCUGAACCUGACAACGGUGGAUAACCUAGGCCGAGGAAACCACAUUUACUUUCUAGCGGUGCGGAUUGACGAGGAUGCCCAGAAUUUCGGGGCAUCGCCGUCCAACGCCAAUGGCGGGCAAGGUGGAAGCGCUCACUAUACACAGGUCACGUACCCUUUUCAGCGCCUGAGCAUCAGAGGCCAGGAUGCUAAUAAUAGGGAAAAUGUUGAAUCAGGGGCACAUGCAUUUGCCAUUUUACGAACCCCUUCCGGCGACAACCCGUUCUACAUCAGUCGCCUUCGGAACAUGCAGGAGCUGAUGGGAUAUACCAUCCUAGAUUGGCUUCUACCAUUCAAGUAUUCGCCGCUCUGCGAUCACAGCAGUCCCGAGAGCGACUUUGUCAUGGGGCCGCUAGUCGAGCAGCUAAAGCACGAUGCUGGUCUGUCCGAUCGCCGCAGUCGUUCAAGGCACCGGAAGAAAAGGCGAAGGCGGCGGCGAGAUCCAAACGAAGAUUCCAUAGUUUGA